UCAAAUAUUAUUUAUUAUACUGCUUUGAUCUCCAUACAUGGGUUCUUUUUUUCAAUACCCAAAUCUCCAUUUCUCCUCUGAAUCAUCUUCGUCCCACAUUUCUCAAGAAAAUUUCUCACCACGCUCUUCAUUCAGAUAUGCCCAAAACCAGGCUCUUCCUUUCAAUGAAAAUGAUUCUCAAGAAAUGCUUCUUUUGGGAGUCCUGAAUCAAGCCCCAGAAGCACACUCCUUUGACACCACAUCUGUCACUAGUUUCAGAGAUGAUCAUGAAGUCAACUCCGAGCCUGUCGAAGAGAAGACGGCAAAGGAGAUUUCUUACAGAGGAGUUAGGAAGAGGCCAUGGGGGAAAUAUGCAGCUGAGAUAAGGGACUCAACGAGGAAUGGUGUUAGAGUUUGGCUUGGAACCUUUGAUACAGCAGAGUCUGCAGCUUUAGCCUACGAUCAAGCUGCAUUGGCAAUGCGAGGUCCAAUGGCCAUACUCAAUUUCCCGAUGGAUAAGGUCUACGAAUCACUUCAAGAAAUGAACUAUGGGUUCGAAGAAGGCUGCUCGCCUGUCUUGACUAUGAAAAAGAAGUACUCCAUGAAAACCAGACGAUCGGGCAAAAAGAAGAUGAUGAAGAAAGAUGAGAAGGAAAAUAGACUGGUGUUGGAAGAUUUAGGAGCAGAUUAUUUGGAGGAACUUCUAUGUUUAUCUGAGACUGCAACUCCUUAUUGGUGAAUAAUUGAGUUCAUCCACCAAUAUUUUACAUUUUCAGAUUUCGGUUGGGAUGGUGAGGAA